AUGGAUGUAGAGAGCAUCGAAUUGACGCUGUUAUACCAGACGGCUCAAAGUGGACAGCACCACGAAGCUGACGAGGUCGUUAAGGACCGCGUGACGCCUACUCCGGCCACAAAGUUGAUCGCGAUGCACUUGAGACCUGACUUCACACCUUCAGUCUUCUUGGUCGUAGAGCUUGACGUCUGA